AUGAAUUGCUAACAUACAUAUGAUCAAAACCUAAUUCUUUAACAAUAUUUGAUCCUCUAACAGAUGUUAAUUUAUAAUUAGAUGCUUAAGUAUUUAAAAAUAAUAUUCAUUAGAGCCUCAUUUAAUAAAAAUAUUUCUACUCCCAAGAUUUUGAUUCCAAAAUUAGAAGAAAUUGACAUAUCUAAUUCCUAAACAUCCAAACAUGAUGAUACAUAUUAGAUUUAAAUAUAACAAGAAUAAAAUAUAAAAACUAAACCAUAAAAAAUAUAAAAGAAACAAGAACUUAAAAAAUUUAAGAUAUUAAACAAUAACAAUAAUGAAUCAGUUGAAAUUAUUCAAAAGAAAAGAGUGUUUCUUUCAAUGUUAGAUAUUAAAGAAGUACAAUAUAAAAAGUAAACAUUUAUUAUUAUAUGUUAGAUUCAAAGUUUAAUAAAAUGAAGAUAACAAAAAUAAUGUUUCUGCCAUAGUUGAUACUCAAAUAUGA